ACGUUCGACGGUGGAACUUUGUUUCCUACCGGACAUGUUUAGCGCACGGACCGCUUCAACCGGCCGAGCGCACGCGUCUCCCGGGAAGAGCAACAAUUUGUUUGCCGGGUUGUCGUUGUUGUUGUUCAAACGCGAGCUUGGAUUUUGAUCAAAGGAGCCGAGGUGAAGCUUUGCCGAGUAAAACCAUGAAGAAGAAAGAUGCUCAGAGCGCGGACGCGUCCUCCGACUACCGAGUGGGCCAAGUGUCGGCAAGUUUGCCCCAGAAGAACCGCGCGGCGACGGCUUCCGGCUCGCUUGCGGCUCUUUUCGGCGGCGCACCGUCGGCGGCGGGCGUCCUCUUUCGGGCCGCGCCUCAGCUUCCUCAGCCUAGCGAGCAACCGGAAGCUCCCGAGGUCAAAGGUGAAGCCGGCCGCAAGCCCAAACGGAAGAAAAUCCCCAAAGUGAAAACCCAAGCCGAGCGGAAGCUGGAAAACAGGGAGCUCGGCCUGCGGAACGCCGACGAGGCCGAGCGCGGGAAACGCGGCCCGCCGGAGGCGGGGCCUGAGACGGAGGCGGAGCGUUGGGUGCUUAAGCGGCAGCGGCGGCGGCGGGAGAAGCGGGAUGAGCAAAGCAAGAACCGGAGGACGGUCUUCGUGGGCAAUCUGCCCGUCGGCUGCGACAAGAAGACGCUGCUGAGCAUGUUCCGGGCCGACGGCGCCGUCGAGUCCAUCCGCUUCCGAUCCCUGGUGCGAGAGGACCCGGCCGUGUCGCGCAGAGUCGCCGCCAUCAAGCGACAAGCUCACCCCUCAGCGCGGAGCAUCAACGCCUACGUGGUCUUCAAGGAGCCGCAAGGGGUGGCCAAAGCGCUGCAGAGGAACGGCGCGGAGAUCGAGAAAGAUUUCAUCAUCCGCGUGGACCGCGUGAGCUCCAAGGCGGCCGAAAGCCACGACCACAAGCGUUCAAUCUUCGUGGGGAACCUCAACUUUGAGCUGAAAGAGUUGGCGUUGCGCCGCCACUUUGAGCAAUGCGGCGCCGUGGAAGCCGUCCGACUGGUGCGCGAUGCCAAAACGGGACUGGGCAAAGGAUUCGGUUACGUCCUCUUUGAGAGUCGCGACUCGGUGCAACUGGCGCUGAAGCUGGACGGCAGCGAGGUGGAGGGCCGCGCCGUCCGGGUGAAAAGGUCCGCCGCGAAGGAGGCGAGGCGCGCCACGCAGCCGCCGCCGCCGCGGCGCCGCCGCCUGGACGACGCGUACAGAGGCGAGAUGGCCCGCCCCCAUCAAAAAGCCGAGAAGAAAACCGGCAAGAAGAAGGCCAGAAAGAACGUCGGCCGCACAUGACGAGGAACGCCGUCCGCGAAUGACUCAAGUGGCUUUUUUUUUCUUUUGGAAUUAUUUUUGCGGCGGCGCUAACGUUGACGAUGGCGCCGUCUGCGGCGACGAGCAGCCGAUCGCUCGUCUGUAUUCUUUGCAAAUAUUCAACUUGAGGUGGAAUACAAAUUGCGUUUUGAAA